GUCAAUAAUCACCACCGCCCGCUCGUUUCUUUCUUCUUCUUCCCCUCCACGUCCAUUGUCUGUCUCCCACGCUCUUUGUGUCUGCUUGCUCGCUGCGGUGCCGCAUUGCUGCUCUUGAUCUGCAUCUGAUUCACUUGGGUUGAAUCUGCCAUCACCCCUGCACACCGCACCGUCAAAUCCUUCCCCUGAAAUUCAUUUACCCCACCAUGGCCCCUCCAAAGGUCUUCUCCCUCGAGGGUAAAGGCCUCAAGCUCGACACCGCUGAGGAUAUCGAGGCCCAUAUCCAGCCGCUCCUCGAGAGCACCGACUACACCGAGAUUCGCUUUGGAGGUAACACCCUCGGUGUCCCGGCCUGCGAGCGUCUCGCCGCCGUGCUUUCGACGCAAAAGAACCUGGCCGUGGCCGAACUGGCCGACAUCUUCACCUCUCGUCUGCUGAGCGAGAUCCCCGCCGCCCUCACCUUCCUCCUGAAUGCCCUCCUCGACAUCACCACUCUUCACACCGUUAAUCUGUCCGACAAUGCCUUCGGUGCCAACACCCAGAAGCCCCUCGUCGACUUUCUCGCUCGCCACACCCCGCUCCGCCACCUGAUCCUCAACAACAACGGCAUGGGCCCCGAGGCGGGUUCGAAUAUUGCCAAGGCGCUCACGGAGCUCGCACAACGCAAGGAGGAGGCCCGUGAGGCGGGCAAGGAGGUGCCUCUCCUGGAGAGCAUCGUCUGCGGUCGCAAUCGCUUGGAGAACGGCAGUAUGGCGGCUUGGGCACGUGCCUACGAGGUCCACGCUGCUGGCAUGCGCUCCGUCAAGAUGACCCAGAACGGUAUCCGUCAGGAGGGUAUCUCGCUGCUGCUGAAGGAGGGUCUCCGCCACUGCACGGCUCUGGAGGUUCUCGACCUGCAGGAUAACACCUUUACCAUCAUGGGUUCUACGGCUCUUGCUGGUGUGGUGUCCAGCUGGUCGUCUCUGCGCGAGCUCGGUGUCAGCGACUGCUUGCUCUCGGGUCGUGGUGGUGUCAAGGUUGCUCAGGCGUUGGCUGAGGGCAAGAACGAGAAGGUGCAGACGCUGCGUCUGCAGUACAACGAGAUCACCGCCGAGGGUGUCAAGCAGUUCCUGCACGCCACCAAGACUGCUCUGCCUGCCUUGCGCCGGAUUGAGCUGAACGGCAACAUCUUCAACGAGGACGAUGACAACGUGACUGCCCUGCGCGAGAUCCUGGAGGGUCGUCAGGAGGAGCACGGACAGGAUGAUGACCCCGAGGAGAUGUGGGGUAUCGACGAGCUGGAUGAGCUGGAAGAGGAGGAGAGUGAAGAAGAAGAGGAGGAGGAGGAGGAAGAAGAGGAGGAAGAGGAGAAGGCUGACAAGCUCCUCAAGGACACGGAGCAGGCCGAGAACGAAAAGGUUUCCCAGAAGCAGGACACCGAUGUCGACGACCUUGCUGAGGCUCUAGGCAAGACUGGUCUGUAGGUUGGAUUGGUGGCAUCCCUCGUUCUCCCUAUUUUGCCUCGGUGCAACGCAGUGACUCGUGGCAGAGCAUGGUCAUCUACGUGUCAACCCGCUGACGCGUCCGGUCUGAAGCCGACAGACUGGAAAUGGACCCGCCAGACGACGCGCCUGGCCUAUUCAUCUGCGUGAGGACAUGCACCUUGGAUAGAAGCAGUGCAUUGCUUGCCUAGUGACUGGCAUAGAUGUAGACCCUGCCUUGUUGCUAUGAUGUAUAUACGUUUGAUGAAUGAUGUGACAUUGACCAGCCUCAUUAAUGGUCUCGACUAGUUUAGAAUAUAGUUCAGCCUAAGGCAUCAA